UGCUGAAUACUCUUUGCACUCAAUUUUACUCGCAUCAUAUCGUCCAACUGACUGAGAUGGCAUCGGCUCUCACUCUUGGUCUUGGUGUUGCUACGGCCGCCUUCUUGGGCCGCGCUGGCCUUGUAGCCUACCGUCGCUCCAAGGGAGGUGUGAACGCCUUAGGCAAAGCUUUCUACAAAGGAGGCUUUGAACCGCGCAUGAACCGCCGCGAAGCCGCGCUGAUCCUUGAGCUCCCGGAACGUACCCUUAACAAAGAGAAGGUUCGCAAGAAGCACCGUCAGCUGAUGCUGCUCAACCACCCAGAUCGCGGCGGCAGCCCCUAUCUCGCAACGAAGAUCAACGAAGCCAAGGAGUUCCUAGAUAAGCACACUUGAGUUCGUUCUGAGAUGGUUUCACUACUUGGAACUGGCGACUGCAAUUCCAAAUGGGCAACCGGCCGAGGGACCCGGGUUGAGAUUCUGAUACGACCCAGAUCAUACUUCGUGUACAAAAUGCUGUUUUUGGGUGCAUAGCGUGGCGUUGGAUGGAUUUCGAGGAUAGAGUACAUAUACUACUUCCUCGUCUCUUUGGAGUUGUAUUGUAUAUAUUGAUGAAUCGCCGCUCUUGAAUUGAUACUCUCACGC